UUAAAUAUUCUACCUUGGAAAAAAAAUCAAGACUAGUGUAAUCUAAUUGAUAAUAUCAGAUUUCAAAAAAAUGGCCGAAGAAGUUUCAUUGUUAUCUUCUCCUUCUGAAUCAUCUACUUCACUUCUGUCUGAAAUAUCAAAUGCUUCCACUAGAGCUUUUGUCUUUGCCUUCACUGUCGGUUCUUGCGGCGCCUUUGCCUUUGGAUGCAUCAUCGGAUAUUCGGCUCCUACACAGUCAAGUAUCAUGAAAGACUUGAAUCUCUCCAUAGCAGAUUACUCACUUUUUGGAUCGAUAUUGACUGUGGGACUAAUUCUUGGAGCAUUAAUCUGUGGGAAAUUAACAGAUUUGGUUGGUCGUGUCAACACUAUAUGGAUCACUAACAUUCUCUUUGUACUCGGCUGGUUUGCUAUUGCAUUUGCCAAGGCUGUUUGGCUGCUCGAUCUUGGAAGGUUGUUGCAAGGUAUCUCGAUCGGAAUUAGCGCAUAUUUGGGACCAGUUUACAUUACCGAAAUAGCACCAAGAAAAUUGCGGGGAGCUGCUUGUUCCAUGUCCCAGUUAUUUACGGGCGUUGGUAUAUCCGUCGUUUAUGCACUUGGAACAGUCGUUGCUUGGCGCAAUCUAGCCAUUUUGGGUUCGAUACCUUCUCUUAUGAUUCUGCCUCUUCUUUUCUUCAUCCCGGAGUCUCCUAGAUGGCUAGCUAAAGUUGGGAGAGAGAAGGAGGUUGAAGAGAUUUUGUUAAGACUGCGAGGAGCAAAUUCUGAUGUAUCAGAUGAAGCAGGAGAGAUAUUAGCAUAUACAGAACAUGUUAAACAACAAGGAGACGGUGAUCACGGUUUCCUCAAGUUAUUUCAGAGAAAAUACACAUCCUCACUUACUAUUGGAGUUGCUCUUAUAGCUUUGCCUCAACUUGGAGGUCUUAGUGGUUAUUCUUUUUACACUGACUCCAUUUUCAUAUCUACGGGUGUAUCGAGUGAUGUUGGAUUUAUAUCGACAUCUAUAGUUCAG